GGGGGGGGGGCGCCGCGCUGAGCAUGGAGCGCGUCUACAGCCUGCUGAGCAGGGCCAGGGUGCAGCUCUACCACAUCGACCAGCAGCGCUGCACGGUGUCACCGGGGCUGAAGGAGGAACCCGAAGACCCCACGUGGGAACCCGGAGACCCCCAGGCGUGGGCGGCCCCGCGGCUCCCGGCCGCGUUCCGUCACUCUGCCGGGCCUUUGGGCCGCGCCCGAACCGCCGCCACGGAGGGGCGGCCCGGAAUGGACGGCCUGCAGGCGGCUGGCGACGGAUCCGCGCCUGACGACUCGUCGUCCGGUUCGUCGUCGGAGCCGUCCCCGCCCCAAACGCCCGCGGGGGGUCUCAUUGUGUUCGCCCCCCCCCCCCCGCCCGCCCCCCCCCGCCCCCGCCCCCCCCCGCCGCACCCGGAAGAACCGCCGCGCGCGGUGGCGGGCGGUGCCGCGGCUGCCGCCGCCUGCAGGACUGCGCCGCGUGUCCCAACUGCCGCGACAAGCCCAAGUUCGGCGGGCCCAACACCAAGAAGCAGUGCUGCGUGUGAGGGGGGGGGCACAGCAAUGGGGGGGGGGGCACAGUAA